AUGAAGGCUGCUCUCAUUCUCGCUGCGAUCGCCACGGCAACGCACGCCAAGGUCGCUAGCUCUGUCUUGCGGGCCUUGGAGGUCGACGGCGCCACCGACGUUUUCGUUCGCUUUGCCGACAGUCCCCUCGAGAGCGGUGAGAUCGCCGAGGGCGCGACGCGUCAAGAGGUCUUUGAGAUCCUCAGCGAGCGCACGGAAGAAGCCUCUAAGUCGAUCGACGAUGUCACCAAGGGUCUUGAAACCAAGACGCUUUGGAUCGUGCCCGGUACGUUUAUCAAAGCGGCCGACCAAGCCACCGUCGACAAGCUCGCGCAGCACCGCGGCAUCAAGACGAUCGAGCACCUGCCAGAGAUUUCGCUCGACCCCGUGCUUACCCAAACGACUGCCGACGCCACCGCCGCGGCCAACGCGACCAUUCAGUGGGGCGUCCAGACCGUCGGCGCGCCGGACGUGUGGAAGCACUUUGACGGCAAGGGCGUGGUCAUUGGCUCCAUCGACACGGGCGCCCGCUACACGCACGAGCUCAUCAAGGACUCGUGGCGCGCCGACCGCGGUUGGUACGACCCGUACGACCACUCGGCGUUUCCCGAGGACUUUGACGGCCACGGGACACACACCAUUGGCACGAUGACGGGCAAAAACGGGUUUGGCGUCGCCCCCGGGGCCCAGUGGAUCUCGUGCCGCGGCCUCUACAAGGGCACAGGCACGUCGCAGGCGCUGCUUGACGCCAAGACGCUCCAGGUCGCCGGCAAUGGCGAGUGCCUUGACGCUUUCCGCGACGGUGACAAGUUUGGUCUCCACACGUACGCGUGCGACGCUACCAACGGCAACCAGAAGUGGAUCAUCGACGCCGCUGACCACAAGAUCAAGCACGCGACGCACAACAACUUGUGCUUGGACGUGGACCCGACCAACCCGACGCACGCGGCGCAGGUGUGGGAGUGCCACAACUGGAACACCAACCAGUGGAUUGACGCGGUGGCCUACUAGAUAUUGGUCCUAGUUAGUACAAACACUUUGAUUUUAACGCGUACCCGCUGCAUUUUACGGUGUGUCUUUUGUG